AUGGAGUUGUUCAGGAAGGCGAAAUCGGUCCGACUAAAGAGCCACCAUGACAAGUACAUCUUGGCAGAGAGCAACGACGAAAGUGUGCUACAAGAUCGUAAUGAAACAACAAAGAAAGGCAUUUGGAUGGUUGAAUUUGUUGAAGGAUUCGACAAUGUCCUCCAAUUGAAGUCUAGUUAUGGGAAGUAUCUCACCGCAUCUGAAGAUCAAGUAAUCAUCGGUUUCACUGGUCGGAAAGUCGUUCAAAGUAUGCACCAGAGGCUGGACUCCUCAAUCGAAUGGGAACCAAUACGAGACGGGUUUCAAGUUCGUCUCAAAACCCGUUACAGAAAUUAUCUACAAGCCAAUGGUGGGUUGCCUCCAUGGAGAAAUUCGGUUACUCAUGACAUUCCUUACAGGCAUCAUGAUUGGAUAUUGUGGGAUAUUGAAACUAUGGAAGCUAGACCAGAGGAACCAUCGUCGUCGUCGCCCUUAUUCGAAUCGAUAAACCCAAAUCUAAAUUCGUCCUCAUUUUCUCUUAGAAGCUCCAUAUCUGGCCCUACUGAGGGAAAUGAUCCACCAGCUGCAAAGAAGGAAGGGAUGAUGGUGUAUUAUAUGGUGGUGGAUGAUGACAGGAACGUUGAUGAUGGUUAUGAAGAAACAUCAUUUGCAUUCGAGGGGCAUGGAUUGGAGGAUUUGAUUCUGAAUUUGGAAGAACAAACAUGGAUAGAUGAUAUAAUCGUGUGCUCUAGGAAUCCAUUGAAUGGCAAGCUUUUUCCACUCUGGUUAGCGUUGUCACCCAAACAGCUCCGAUUGUAG